CCCUGCCCACCGCGCCGCACUCGCGCGCAGGUACGUGAGGCCGCGCCCGCGGCGACCCUGAAGACGCGGGCCUGCCAUGGAGCACAUCCGCACGCCGAAGGUCGAAAAUGUCUGCUUGGUAGAUCGAGUGUCUUCUAAAAAAACCAUCUUGGGAACUCUGUACUUGACUGCCACUCAUGUCAUCUUUGUGGAAAAUGCACCUGACACAAGGAAAGAAACAUGGAUUCUUCACAGUCAGAUCUCCACCAUUGAAAAACAGGCAACGAAUGCUACUGGCUGUCCUCUGCUUAUUCGUUGCAAGAACUUCCAGAUCAUACAGCUUGUCAUACCUCAGGAAAGAGAUUGUCAUGAUGUCUACAUCUCUCUGAUACGUCUUGCUCGGCCAGUGAAAUAUGAGGAGUUGUACUGCUUUUCCUUCAACCCCAAGCUGGAUAAAGAAGAGCGAGAGCAAGGCUGGAAGCUGGUUGAUCUUAGUGAAGAAUACAAGCGAAUGGGCCUUCCCGAUAGUGAUUGGCAGCUCAGUGAUGUGAAUAGAGACUACAGAGUUUGUGACUCCUACCCCACUGAACUGUAUGUUCCCAAAUCAGCCACAGCACACAUCAUCGUGGGGAGUUCCAAAUUCCGGAGCAGACGGCGGUUUCCUGCCCUUUCUUACUACUAUAAAGAUAACCACGCCUCCAUCUGCCGGAGUAGCCAGCCCCUCUCUGGCUUCAGUGCACGGUGCCUGGAGGAUGAGCAGAUGCUUCAAGCCAUCAGGAAAGCCAAUCCUGGAAGUGACUUCAUUUAUGUAGUGGACACUCGACCUAAACUUAAUGCAAUGGCAAAUCGUGCUGCAGGGAAAGGCUAUGAAAACGAAGACAAUUAUUCCAAUAUCAAGUUUCAGUUUAUUGGGAUAGAGAACAUCCAUGUCAUGAGGAACAGUCUGCAGAAAAUGCUAGAAGUGUGUGAACUGAAAUCUCCAUCCAUGAGUGACUUCCUGUGGGGGUUAGAGAACUCAGGCUGGCUGAGGCACAUCAAAGCCAUCAUGGAUGCAGGAAUCUUCAUCGCAAAGGCAGUUUCAGAGGAAGGUGCCAGUGUGCUUGUCCACUGUUCUGAUGGCUGGGACAGGACUGCCCAGGUUUGCUCUGUGGCAAGCCUGUUGCUGGACCCACACUACAGAACUCUAAAGGGCUUCAUGGUACUAAUUGAAAAGGAUUGGAUUUCAUUUGGUCAUAAGUUUAAUCACAGAUAUGGCAACCUGGAUGGUGACCCAAAAGAAAUCUCUCCAGUCAUUGACCAGUUCAUUGAGUGUGUCUGGCAGUUAAUGGAACAGUUUCCCUGUGCCUUUGAGUUCAAUGAGAGAUUUUUGAUUCACAUUCAGCAUCACAUUUACUCCUGCCAGUUUGGAAAUUUCCUAUGUAACAGCCAGAAGGAGAGGCAGGAACUCAAAAUUCAAGAAAGAACCUAUUCUUUAUGGUCUCACCUGUGGAAGAAUCGGGCCAACUACCUGAAUCCCCUGUUUAGACCUGAUCACAGUCAAACCCAGGGGCGCCUCCAUCUCCCUACAGCUCUGUGCAACUUCAUGUACAAGUUUUGGAGUGGAAUGUAUAACCGUUUUGAAAAGGGGAUGCAGCCCAGACAGUCCAUUACAGAUCACCUCAUGGCGGUGAGGGAGGAAUCCCAGCAGCUUGAGGAAGAACUCGAGGUCCUAGGAGAAAGGCUGGCGAAGAUUCAGAAAGUAUACUUCAAUGGUACUAAAGUGAAGAGUAAGCAAAGUGAGCCCAGCAAACACUUGGGAUUUUCUACCUCAGACAACAGCUCGGCCAACACUCCCCAGGACUAUAGUGGGAACAUGAAGUCAUUUCCAUCCAGGAGCCCUUCCCAGGGUGAUGAAGAUUCUGCUCUGAUUCUAACCCAAGACAACUUAAAAAGCUCAGAUCCAGACCUGUCUGUGAAUAGUGACCAAGAGUCUGGCGUAGAGGAUUUGAGCUGCCGGUCUCCAAGUGGUGGUGAGCGAGCACCAAGUGAAGAUAGUGGCAAGGACCGGGACUCAGACGAAGCCGUGUUUCUCACUGCCUGAAGACUCCCCUUAAUAGUCCCAAAGUAAAGGAUACAGAAACACUUCCAAAAACAAGGGAACAGUGCAAUUCUCAAUCCAAUGUAAUUCAAGAAAUGGCACAUGUCAUCAAGAAAUGUACAAUGCAGCUUUGAAAAUGGAAAAAAAAAAAAAGGUCCAAUUCUUAGUUUCUAUAGAUAGUGAAGAAAGAAAACAGUCAAUUCUUGCAUCAAAUACAUGGAAGAUCAUUCACUGUAUUGGAGCCUCCUUUAGACUAUGAAAAUUUGUAUCCACUACAAAGCAUUUUCUUCUAUCCUCCUUUGAGGUUGUCAUAAAUCUUUGUCAUAGUAUGUAUCUACUUUAAGUCCCCACUCCCUCUCAUACCUAUUAUAGUUUACAGCCCUAUUUUACUUCAGAUGUACUUUGUUUUCCUAAAUAUGUGACAUGACAUUCCCGUUUGACCUAUUUUUUUUAAAAGCCAUUAUUUGUAAAGAAGGAUUAUUGAUAAUAUAUUCCUUUUUGUUUUUAAGUUUCCCUCAAGCAUACCUAUCCUUUCAGCUUUUUCUUAGAUGAUAUAUUUUACAUUUUAUUGCCUUUCUCUGGUAUCUCUUGUUUUUUCCCCCUCAUUUAAAAAUGCUAGCAUUUAUAAUUUUCUCUAACAUGGAUUUAAUACCUAAUAAAGUAGAAGCAACAUUCACUCUCUGGGUCUUAUAUAUGAAUUUAGAACUUGUUAGCACUCUUAGUAAUGUUUACCAAAUUCUAAAUUAUAACAUUGUCAAGUUAGUGAGGUAAUAUAUCAGCAGGGACAAAUUCCAGUUAAGAAUUAGGGAAUCUUUUUAAACAUGUAAGAUAUGCCUGCUUUCUGUGUUCUGGAUAUGACUUACAAUGUCACCAAGCAACUAGACCUGAAUGUUAGAAUGACUGAGACUUCAUGCCACUCUUUAACUAGAUGUUUUGCUCAAGACUAAGAUGAUCAGAUCUGCUCUGUAUCCAUAUUCUUCAAGACUGGUGUUAACUUCUGAGUACUUAAUAACUAUAUGUCAAAGCCAAAGCCAAAGCCAAGUGGAGACACCAGAGCUAAAAGGACAACCAAUAUUUUGGUUCCUGUUACCAGGUCAAAAUGGUCACAGUAGAUAAUGGGAUGCUCCUAGUAUGUCUUAUAAUAAUGGGAAGCCACUUGUAGUCUUGGUCAGGGAGGGCACAGAGACCAAGAGAUUGGACUCCAAAUCAGGGUACAACUGUAAGAGGAGAGUAACAACAGAGGAAUGCUUCAUGGGGAUGCCCAUGGUCAGUACAGCCCUGACUCAUCCUAGUAAAUGGCACCAAUGUUGAGCCACAGAGGUCCUCCCAGGUCCCUGAAAGUCUCUCCUAAAGAGUUUCAAUUGACCUUAAAAUAUAGAGUUAAAUCUGGCUACCUACUUGGUUUUAAAUACCCAGAAAGAAAAGUGUAAGCAGGAAAUAGAGUACUUACUAAGAGUGGUAUCUGCUAUUACCAAGGUUAUGUAUUACUGUAAUUGUAUUACAAUUCUGAUAAUGUCUCAUCUAUUUUACAAGAUCUACAACAAAAGGUUUAGACCAUGCCAGACACCACCCAUGCCCUUUGGUAAACAGAUUUAGAAAUGAAUUUCUGGAUCUUUGUGUCAGCCCAACUCAGAUAGGUCUGCAGCAAUCUAACUCCAUCUUCUUGGGUCUCCCUUAUUGGCCUCCAAGGCCUGAAAGUCUACAAGAACAGGAACCCUGAAGAGCCCUAAUUUACCUAAAACCCACUUCCCCUUAACACCUUGCUUUUAUUCUUUCUCCUCAACAUUUUCUUCCAAGAUUGUCUUCCUGCCCUCAACCAAUGCACGAUUUCAGGGUCCCUUAGGUAGACUAGAGAUGUAUCCCAGCUGCCACACCCAACCACCACAUUCAGGCAUUGACCAAAUUCCCUAAAAGCAGUUAUGGUUGCUUCUUCAGAGGGGGCUUGAGGUAGUUUAGAGUGACUGGGUUACUUUGCUUGAGGUCAGAGAAGGAUCUGGCUUCUUAUCUCCUGCUGCCUAAAGGAGAUUCCUAGAUCUGUUUUUCCAUAAACAAUAUGAGUCCCUCCAUAGGAAAGUGUUCCCCAUUCAUAGAAUUAAGAUUCCUGGAAGGAUUACACCUGAAUCUGGCUGUUGCAGUUACCUUUGCCUUGAUGGGACAAACACCCAACCAGAAGCAGCUUAUGGGAAGAAACUGUUUAUUUCAGGUUUACAGAUUUCAGAAACUCCACCAUAGUAGAACAAGCUAUCUCACUUAAAUGCAUAUAUAGCAGAGAGACAAUAGCCAGCACCUACACGCAUGAACAGCCAGAUCUCAAACUCACUCUACACACCUUAGGGCAGGACUCAAGAGCUGUCCCUAGUGACACACCUAUUCCAGUAGGCUGAUGAGACUUAAGUAGGAAACUUAAUCAAAAAUAUCUUAGGUGGGACACACAUUUUCAUAUAAACUACCACACUGGCAUUUAUGGCUAGUUAUCUUUGCCUCCAAAUUUUGGCAUCAGAUCUGUUCAGUUCAGCCUCCUGUUCAUAACCUAUAAAUGUCCCCGAUUUAGGCCUCUAGGUGGGCUUUAUUCCCCCUGCCUUCUCAUGGGUAGGAGCUCUUUAUACUUUCUACUCUUUCCUUCUUUUCAUGUAAUUAAAUCUCUUUAAAUCUUAAAGGAGAAGUUAUGCCAUCCAUCAUUUUCUAAACUAUGUAAGUGGUUCCUGUGGUUUCAUUAACAUUAGCAAUAUACAUGACCAUGGACUGUUAAAUGUUAUUUCUGAAGUUACUGUACAAGUGCACAUUUGAGGCAGGACCAUUCCCCUAUCAUAUAUUAAGAAAUAGGACUUGAGGACUAGAUGACCUGAACUUUCAAUCUGAAGAACCUAGUGGGGAAAUGCUAUCUUUGAACAGAGAAAAAUGAUAUUUACACAGUGUAGUUUUGAAAUCAUACAUUCUAGAAGGUGAAAGGAUAAAUUUAAGCUUAAUUUUUAUAAUUUACCUAAGCAUGUUAAAUACUGAAGAUUUUUGUUAGAGAAUCUAUUCAAAGGAAAUAAGGUAAAGAAAGGACCAUUAAAUUUGCAAAAACCACUAGCAUAAAUGACUUGGUGUAUAGUGAUAUAUAAAUGAAAUAAUAUAGUAUAGUUCUUUUUAUCUUUAAAAACAUGACUUUACUAUGCUAAAGACCUGUAAUAUAAAAAGUUAAUAUAAAAAUAAAGCAGUGUAAUUGUUUCAGAAUAUUAAAUUCAAACAUUUCCUGAUGACAAGUUCCCAAAUUAAUGUCCAUUCAUUUUCUGUUUGUAAUAGUUAAUAAACCACAUGGGGGUAUAGUGAUAGUGGCUUUUACAUCUUUCAAACAUCUUACUCACUUUAUGCCAUUUUUGUAGAUAUCCACUCUUAGAAGUAUUGUUGCUUAAUACUGAAGAUGCCUUUAAUUUCUUCCAGUUAGCAG